AUGUCUUCUAAUAGUCACAACCAUAGGGAUGCUCCCCUCCCUCCGAUUUCACAUAUCUUGAGAGAUACGGACAGCCACGUCGGAUUAUCGUCUCUUUCAUUACCACCCCUUCGUAGUCACGACGAUUAUUCUCGAAGACAGGAUGGAACAAUACCUUCCAAAUCGCAACGUCCCGUUGCCCAAGGUUCACACACCUCUGUUGGGAAUCGCCACGACCACGGUACAUACUCGCAAAAUGAUCCCAUCUCAUCAGGGAACUACACUACCUAUCAACAUCAACACUCCCGCCGUUUGUAUUCAUCAUCCAACUACCACCCGCCAUCUCAUCACGAGAUGUUACCGAGCUCUUCAGGAGGAUUCCAGCCGGCCACUAAUCCCUUUGAACGUCGUUCUGCAAGACCCUGUUCGACAGCACCAGUGUAUUCGGGUGGUUCUGAUAGAGACGUCGAUCGACCUGCAUAUUACGAGGGAAGCACUUAUGGAACCAACAAGCCAACGAGCAGUGGACAACAUUAUUCCCUACAGGCGAUGAGAUAUAGCCACCCGGAUCAGGAAAUCAUUUUGGAGGAACAGGGAUCCACAAAGUCCAAAUACGAAUGCAACUAUUGUGGGAAAGGAUUUCUACGCCCAAGUGCUUUGAGGGUGAAUUCACUUGAUAUCACACACCGGGGACAAAGGUUGUACACCCUUCUCCAUCAACUGUAA